AUGAAUUACGAAUUUGGGCGAGAAAGUGGUUUUAUCAACAGCCAGCCGUCGCUUGCUGAGUGCCUGACAUCUUUCACUAACCCUGUCGGUGAUGCAUUUCAAAGUUCAUCAAUCAAGAGCUCAGCGCUUUCACGGUCGACACUGAUUCCUCCUUCUUUUGAGCACACCAUCCCCGGCCUGAGCCCGAGCGUCCACCCUCGCCACAGCCGAGCCCCGCAGGCUGGUGGAGGCUGCAGCCUGCUGCAGGAUGCCGCUCCGGCUCCGGAGUACCCGUGGAUGAAGGAGAAGAAAAGCAUCAAGAAGAGCCAGUCUCCUACUGCUGCCUCCUCCGCUGCUGCUGCCACCACUGCGACUGACUCCUCACCACACUACUUCUCCCCCCAAGGUUCCCCCGAGAUGCCAGAGAGUGCUGUUGGAGGUCUAGGGACUUCCAGGAGACUGAGGACUGCGUACACUAAUACCCAACUUCUGGAGCUGGAGAAGGAGUUUCAUUUCAACAAAUACCUGUGCAGACCCAGGCGAGUGGAAAUAGCUGCACUUUUGGAUUUAACCGAGAAGCAGGUGAAGGUGUGGUUUCAGAACAGGCGGAUGAAACACAAAAAGCAAACCCAUUGCAAGGAGAAUCGGGACAGUGAGGGGAUUUAUGCGUGUCUGGACGACGGGCCGGAAGACGAGGUGGAGCAGGCGGCGGCCAGCAGCGUAGCUGGCUCGCUCCUGGAGAGGGAGAGGUAUUUCCAACAACAUGCAUUGACUUCACAGCAGCCCCAGAAUGGACACAAUGGGGAGAACCAAAGCCCAGCUGUUCCCCCUUCGAGCAGCAAUGAGAAAAAUCUGAAACAUUUUCCAAACCCAGCAGCCAGCGUCCCUCUCUCCGCGCCAACAACAAUAGGCCCGGACAAUGACGACUCCUCUGGCCUGGACGCCUCUUUGCAGGAUUUCCAACUUUUCUUCUCCUCGUCUUCUUUUUCACCGAGUUUGUCAGAGUCGGCACAGAGUCCCCUGCCUUUUUCAUCGGAUACAUUUGAUCUGUUCUCAGAAACACUGACCACAAUGGACCUCCAAAGCCUCAGCUACUGAUAUGUUUCAUGUUUUAUUUGAAUUCAGACUCUUGUGUCAAGUAUAGGCGCUUGUAGGGGAGAAUUAAGAGAUCCCACAAAUGUAAGGUAAGUUAAACUGAAAACAAAACAAAAAAAUGCAUAAUUCACUCCAUUAGCCUUCAAGAGGUCAUCACAUGUUUAUUUUUUAUAUCAAAACCGA